AUUUGAACUGAACACCAGGUCAGCACCCUCAACGGCGCGUUCACUUUUUUCGAGGUUCUUCAACAGCAUGGCGUCUCCUAUAUAAAAUCAUUUCACACUAUGGCUGGUCCACAACCCAGACGCCUCUGCCACCAUCUCUAAAGCAUCGUGACAGCCGACAAAACGCCACAGCAGCGCGAACUCAGGCCACUACCUCCUGACACCGCAACCAUCGCUGGGAAAAGAAUCUCGGACCAGGAACAGACCCAACCCGCGAUCCGCGCAAAUCACUUCCACCCAGCGCAACCAUGUCCGAUGGCGCCCGCAAGACGUCUCCGAAGUCGACCUUCCACUUCCUAGCCGGCCUCUCCUCCGGCAUAACCUCCGCCGUCCUCCUCCAACCAAUCGACCUCCUCAAAACCCGCGUCCAGCAACGAACCUCCCACUCCACCCCGCAUCACCCCCACGGCGCCUCGGCCCUCCGCCUCGCCCUCGCUGAAAUCCGCUCGGCUCCUCACCUCCUCCCAGCCCUAUGGCGCGGUGCCGUUCCCUCGGCCUUGCGAACCGGCUUCGGCUCCGCAAUCUACUUCACCUCCCUCAACUCGAUCCGUCACCGUCUGUCCUCUCCAGCGUUAGCCAACGCGAAUAACCACUCCUCCACCCUCCCGAAACUUUCCCACAUCGCCAAUUUGACAUCGGGAGCAGUAGCCAGGAGUUUCGCGGGCUUUAUUCUCAUGCCUUUGACGGUGCUGAAGGUGAGAUAUGAGUCGACAUUGUACAGCUACAACUCCCUCCCCCGCGCAGCGCUAGACAUCUACCGACACGAGGGCAUCCGCGGGUUCUUCUCCGGCUUUGGCGCCACCGCUAUCCGGGACGCUCCCUAUGCUGGUCUCUACAUAUUAUUCUACGAACAGUCCAAAAAGCACCUCUCCAACCUCUACAUGGACAAAUCCGGAAACGGAGGCGCAGCCACAAUCAACUUUGCCAGCGCGAUAUUCUCCGGGGCGGUCUGCUCGGCGAUCAGCAACCCGUUUGAUGCGGUUAAGACGAGGAUUCAGCUUCAGCCGGAUGGCUACAGGAAUAUGGUGCAUGCCGCCAAGAGGAUGGUGAGCGAGGAAGGGCUGAGGAGCUUGAUGGAUGGGCUGGGGUUGAGGAUGGGGAGGAAGGCGGCGAGUAGUGCGCUUGCUUGGACGGUGUAUGAGGAGCUGAUUAGACGGGCGGAGGGGAGCUGGACGAAGAAGGAUGGGGUUAGGGGAGGGGAGAAGGAGGCGGGGAAGUUAUAGGAGAUACAGAAACGAGCUGUGUCUAUGUGUCAUGACAUCUGUACACAUGUUUGGCCUCUACGCUCAUGUCAUGGACGGAUGGGGGAUGCAUUGUAUUAUAUCAACGGAAAAUCGGGGGCAUGUAUGAUGAAUGCUGAAAGACAGAACCAAAGC